UAGCAGAGUUUUGCAUUUUUCUCGGUAGACUCCAAAAUAAAGAAGGGCUUCCGGUUUUGGGAUUCGUUGUUGCCAUCUGUGAUUGACACUACUGCCGGUACUGUAGUUAUGAUAGGCCUCGGAUUUUGCUCGUUUUUGAGGACCCGGCUUGAGCUCAUUUGCGGUGUGAGAUACUUGUACUUGUAUGAUGUGAUUGAUGACAAGGAAACAUGCCUGGUCCUGGUUUUCCUUCGUAUCAUGCUUAACCCAAGGAUUCACAUAACGGCUACAGGAAUUGCUCUAACUCACCGGUGUCCUGCAGAAAAACUGAAAGUCGGGUUCUGAACGGGGAGGUCGGAAUCUAUGCCAGGACGGCCAACCGGUACCGGUAUUUGGGGAGAGUCAGUGAAGAUUGAGGAAUUCGUAAAGUUUAUACUACGGUAAACCCCCGAUGGAGGACCCUCGCAUUAUCGGGGUUCUUUUUGGGUUGGGUUGGGGGGGGACAUUUUUUCCUUGUUGGCGAGAUCAUUCGGUUUGUAAUCGUAAUUACCGUAUUAUCGUAAAAAAAAAAAUUGUGAACGAGUUUCGCCACAGGUACAGUACUCGUACAGUAUCAUACCGUAGAUGAUGAUGGCGAAAAGAAAAAAAGGGCUUUACCCUCGGUAACGAAAAAGGUCAGCUACUGGUACCGUAUGUAUCUAUGUAUGUAUGUAAACUUGGCUGGAGGCAGCAGCAAAUUUUGGGGACAGAACCGGGGAGGUCCCCAUAGAAAUGGCUGGAGCAUGCUGUGGGUUGGUGGCCUCACAGGAUGCGCGUUUGGUAAACCCUUAAGCCUAAAACGGUUGGCGCCUGGAGAGGCCAGCUGCGCCGCGUGAGCGAUAGGCUUGUGCACCACCGCUAUUUAAACUGCUUCCCCCUCUCUGACUCCUUCUCUUUCCUCAACCAUCCUUCUUUCCCCACCCGCUACAACCUUUCUUCUGCUCACCAUCAAGACUCCCGUUAAGAAACAAACAAAAACAUCUUCCAUAACAAUAAUCAACCAUGCAAAUCUUCGUUAAGACUCGUGAGUUUAUCUGGACCCUUUCUGCUUUGUUUCUCUGCUCUCUUUCCUUUUUUUUCUUUUCCCAUCGGUUGUUAUAGGGUAUGCGAGUUGGAUGAAAUUCUAAACAUUCUUCUAUAGUCACUGGAAAGACCAUCACCCUUGAGGUGGAAUCAUCGGACACUAUUGACAAUGUCAAGUCCAAGAUUCAGGACAAGGAGGGAAUUCCCCCGGAUCAGCAACGUUUGAUCUUCGCUGGAAAGCAGCUUGAGGACGGACGCACCCUUUCCGACUACAACAUCCAAAAGGAGUCUACCCUCCAUCUUGUUCUCCGUCUUCGUGGCGGUAUGCAAAUCUUCGUCAAGACUCGUAGGUUUCCUGCAUCUUUGCUUACGUGGCAUGAACUAACCUUAUGUCAUAGUGACCGGCAAAACCAUCACCCUUGAGGUGGAGUCUUCUGACACCAUCGAUAACGUCAAGUCGAAGAUCCAGGAUAAGGAGGGUAUCCCUCCAGAUCAGCAGCGUUUGAUUUUUGCUGGAAAGCAACUUGAGGAUGGCCGUACCCUUUCCGACUACAAUAUCCAGAAGGAGUCUACCCUCCAUUUGGUCCUUCGUCUUCGCGGUGGAAUGCAGAUCUUUGUCAAGACCCUCACGGGUAAGACGAUCACUCUAGAGGUUGAGAGCUCGGAUACCAUAGACAACGUCAAAUCCAAGAUCCAGGACAAGGAGGGAAUUCCCCCAGAUCAACAGCGCUUGAUUUUCGCUGGAAAGCAGCUCGAGGAUGGUCGCACUCUCUCAGACUACAACAUCCAGAAGGAGUCUACUCUACAUCUUGUCCUUCGUCUCCGUGGUGGAAUGCAAAUUUUCGUUAAAACCUUGACCGGAAAGACCAUCACCCUCGAGGUGGAGUCUUCUGAUACAAUCGAUAAUGUAAAGUCGAAGAUUCAGGAUAAGGAGGGUAUUCCUCCAGACCAGCAGCGUUUGAUCUUUGCUGGCAAGCAAUUGGAGGACGGCCGGACUCUUUCUGAUUACAACAUCCAGAAGGAGUCUACUCUGCACUUGGUUCUCCGUCUUCGUGGCGGGGCUUUGUAAGGUUUAGGGAUGGUGUUAAGACUGGACGAUUUAUGUGAUUCCGGUGGCUUGUAAAUGAUUGGAUGGCUCCUUACUUUUUUUUUUUUUUUUACUAGGUUCUUUGGUGUUUGGGCCGACUUACCCUGGUUUGUAUUGCUUUCUAUUUAGCAAAUGAUAUGAGACUCUUUUUGAAGCAUUAGAUCUUUUCCUGUGAGGAAGGGCUGGUGGUGGUGGGUGUGGGAGAUGAAGAAAGCUGGUCUAUUGUUGAGAUGCACUCGCUUUUUACUUUGAUCAUACGAAAUAUUUGACUGGCGA